AUGUUUAUUUUAUAUAUACUAUCUUUACUAUACCUUAUUCUUAUUUUUACUUUUACUUUUACUUUUAUUUCUUCUAUGUAUAUAUAUAUAUUAUAUAUGUACUUAUGUACUUCUUAUUCUUUUAUGUAUAUAUGUACUUAUGUAUAUAUUUAUAUAUUUAUAUAUGUAUAUAUUUAUAUAUGUAUAUAUGUAUAUAUGUACCCUCUUAUUAUGUUUAUCCUAUUAUUACCCUUCUUAUUACUCCUUAUAACUUUAUCCUAUUAUUACCUAUUCAACUUAUGCUUAUCAUAUUUACUUUAUCAUAUCUACUUUAUUAUUUCUACUUUAUCAUUUCUGCUUAUCAUAUCUACUUUAUCAUUUCUGCUUAUCAUAUCUACUUUAACAUUUCUGCUUAACUUCUGCUUAACUUAUGCUUACUGA